AUGAAUAAACCUGCACAAGAGACUGAGUAUAAACAAGUUGGGUCCGCCGUAACGACGGACAAUAGGAGUUAUCCGAGCCCCUCAUUCUCUAUAGAUGAAAUAAUGAACAAGUCUAGUUUUCACAUUUCGGAUGCAAGUUGUUUGUGUGUUACCUCAUCACAUACCCAUUCAUCCAUUGAGCCAAGACUACCUUUAACUAACCAUUUGACCGAUGACGAAGACAUUUUACCCCAGUCCGAGUGCAAAUGCAAUAAUGGGAGUGUGUUUAGUAACCAAGAUUCUGCGAACAUAUCGAAAGAUCACGGUCUGAAUUCGGUUUGUAGAAUCUUGAACCUAGAAGCAACCACUCCAACUGACGAAAACGUCAGCGAUGCCGGUGUGAACACCUUAAAUGUGGAGACUGAAGUGCGCUUCCCAGAGGAUAAAGAGGAGUUUAAACAGGUGAAUAGUGUCGUCAGAGACUCGACUGAUAUGAUACCCAAUACCAACAAAAGAACAUUAGAGCAAUCAAAAAAAAUAAAACCACACUCAAUGAAAGCGAAGGAGAGAUCCUCUGGACCGGAAAACUUUAGCACGGUUCAGAUCCAUGAAGUAACCACUCCAUUGAACACUUGUGUUUCUUUCCCUGAAACAGCUCCGGGUACGUUAAACACGUUAACGACCCUUCCACCAUGCCGCCGAUCCAUGAACGAAUGCUCAUUCAAUAGUCAAUCCUCAGGGUCUCUUAUAAAGAAUUCCUCAUCGCAGUUGCGAUCUGUGCGACCAGCACAUCAACAUCUUGGGAAUCCUCAAAAAAUAGCCCCUUCGCCCCCGGUAUCUUUUUCCCGUGUGUCCGAAAAAUUGAAACUUGUUAGCACAAACAAUUCAAUAACCUCAGGCAAGUCUGACGUAAAGUCUUCCACAAGCUUGCAACGGCAAUCUUCAUCUUUGAUGGCCGAUAAAAAAAACGAACCAAAUUCCUUUUUGGAAGUAAUCAAGAGAAAGACCAAUGUUUCGUUCAUCUCACCCCCGCGCAUUGUGGGUUCGGUGAAGAAGGGGCCAGUAGCAGGUCCCAAUAGGGGUCAGCCCGAUCCCUCUCCUGUUAGACCCGCUGUUCGCUUGAUUCCCGAGAAAUUCUGGCGAUUUAUUUCCUCAAAGUUGUACAAAUGUUAUCACCGAAAGUUAUUUCAACACUAUAAAAUUUUCAAAAUGCAAAAAGCUACCGUGAGGCGGCGCCAUCGCAGUGCGAAUCCUCCCCAUCACGCCAGAGGUCGUCGCGUACGGGAUGCUCCAGCCAAGGGACGGGAGCCGGAAAGCCCCAAAGUCCAACUUGAGAAGCCCAAAGUCAGCUUUUCUAUUCUCAAGAAGGGGGACCCGAGGUUGAAAAAAGACGGGAAUAAGUCGUUUUCCCUGUCGUCGACUCCGCCGCAAUCCCCCUUGCCGCUUUCACCAACUUCGGUUGCUGCGAAGCGAGAGGUACCGACCGUUGUCGUUCCAUUUUCAGGGCGAUUAGUCCUUCAGAAGCAGCCGCAGCUGCGCGUCAAAGGCCUGGACUUGUCUCUGGUGAAUAAGCCCUCCCUAGGCCGAGGAAAGGUUGAAGCAACCGGCCGAUUCGCACCGAAUGCUUUUUCAGAAGGCCCCAGGACGCCCUUGACGUCCGACAACGCUUCAAUAUCCCUGAAUGUUACAAACACGUUCUCCCAUCGCUCCAAAGGCAAUAUUUAUAGCCCCAUCGUAUCGGCUCGGACCUCUUUACCAAGCCGAACGUCAAGAAGCGGAAUCUCCUCCACCUCGCGGCUCCAGCCUCGUAGUCUUAGUAGGGAGCGGAGCCGGUCCCUUGACACCCCGGAGAGAGAAAGGCCCGAGGUUGCGAAGUUUGUGAUUAUCCCGCUUCUUUCCUCCCCGGAGGAGCGGGAACGCACCGCGACGGUGGUUUUUGAUCUCGAUGAGACCCUUUGCAAUAAUCGCGUCAGCGGUCCGCCCUUGCUGCGCCCGGGGGCGGUUCGGCUUCUGCAAGACCUGCGCGCCAUGUACGGCCGGCCGCGUUAUAAAUCAUGCCCCUUUUCCUCCUCCAGCCCACAUACCAAAGCGACCAAUCCGCGAUCGGCGAUUCAAUUUUCACGAUUCGCCUCGACCUUGGCGAUUUGCAAUGGUUCGUCGACAUCUUUGGCUUCCAACGAAAGCGAGGUGCGGCUGGAGUUGGUGCUUUGGACUGCUAGUAUUGGCAGCGUGGCGAAGCGUGUGGUGGACCGGCUCGAUCCUUUUGGCGAUGUUUUUGAUCAAAUCAUCUACCAAGACCCGCGUUGGUAUAGCAACGACGAGAGCUACACCAAGGAUUUGCGUCUGCUGGGCCGUAAUAUGAUGAAUGUCGUCAUCAUCGAAAAUUCCAUUCCUUCGGUGAAGUGCAAUCGUCGAAACGCGAUUUUGGUCACGGACUUCAGCUUUAAUAGGAACGAUCGGCAGCUGUUGGUGGUACGGAGCAUCCUAAUGGAGUGGUUGGGUUUACUGAAUGCCUAUUGGACGCGACUUCGCAAUCCAAACCAUUUGCCGGCAUCAGAAUGUAAAGGGGAUGGCCGAAACCAAUCAGUAGAGAAAGAACUUGGAUCCUGCAAGAUGAUAGAUGACCCCAUGAAGAACCCGGUCUCAUCACAGAUUCAAGGAAGGCCUAUGGAUGAUGUGAUCGCCUUCUCAUGUCUUAAUCAGACUGCGCAAUACCCAAAGAGUUCGAGAACCCAUUUAGGCGGUGCUACUGUUCCCUUUUCAUUCGACUCCUUAAUCCAUGAAAAGGGCAAAAUCUCCAUCGUACAGUUUCUUAGCCUUCACGAUUACAUUCAGAAAGGCACCAAUUAUGUCCGCCUAUCGGUCGUCUCUCAUGUUGCCCAGCUCUACGGGGAUCCUGUUAAAGGCAAGCAAUUGGAAGGGCCUAUGAGUGCCCGGACUGCAUACGUUAACUCUAUGAAAAAAGAUGAUACCAACACCAAUAGAUUUUCACAAUCCAAUUGUUCUCAGCCACCGAAGUGGUUUAUCUGA